GUUUGGUAACACAGUCAACGUGCUUGUUACCAAACUGAUGCAUUUUCGAGGUACAAAACAGGAACAGAGCGGACAUGAACUUUGAUUAAGACUCACCAAAGAUCCACCCUCAUGGCUCAUACAUGUGUUCACUGGUUCCGUAAGGGACUCAGGUUGCAUGACAACCCAGCUCUGAUGGCUGCUCUGAGAGACUGUAAGGAGCUCUACCCUGUCUUCAUCCUGGACCCUAACCAAUACAACACCCAUGUGGGUACCAACCGCUGGAGGUUCCUCAUUGGGUGUCUCAGAGACUUGGACUCGAGCCUGAGGAAACUCAACUCUAGGCUGUUCGUUGUGAGAGGAAAGCCCGAGGAUGUCUUCCCCAAAUUGUUCAACAAGUGGAAUGUGACAAAGCUGACCUACGAGUACGACACGGAGCCCUACAGCCUGAGCCGUGACAAAAACGUGACAGAGCUGGCUAAGGAACAUAACAUUGAUGUCAUCUACAAAGUCUCACAUACUCUUCAUGAUAUAGACAGGAUAAUUGAGGAAAACAAUGGAAAGCCUCCUCUUACUUACAACCGUUUCCAAGUAGUACUGAAAGCGCUCGGUCAACCAAAGAAACCAAUUCCUGCCCCAACCAUGGAAGACAUGAGAGAUGUUAAGACACCUUGUUCAGGGAAAGAUGAGGAGCAAUACGGGAUUCCUUCCCUGGAAGAGCUCGGUCUGGACACCACAUCUCUUGGAGAGGAGAUGUUUCCAGGGGGAGAACAGGAGGCCCUGGAAAGACUGGAUGAACACAUGAAAAAAACGGGAUGGGUGUGUGGCUUUGAGAAGCCUCAGACCUCCCCAAACUCUUUAAGCCCCAGCACCACUGUCCUCAGUCCUUAUCUCACCUUCGGCUGCCUGUCGGCCAGAACCUUCUGGUGGAAGCUCACUGAGGUCUAUCGGGGGAAAAAGCACUCCGAUCCGCCGGUUUCCCUUCAUGGCCAGUUACUCUGGAGAGAGUUCUUCUAUACUGCCAGUGUUGGUAUCCCUAAUUUUAACAGGAUGGAGGGGAACCAUGUGUGUACUCAGGUGGACUGGGACACAAACCCUGAAUAUCUUUCUGCAUGGAGAGAGUCUCGGACUGGUUUCCCAUUCAUUGAUGCCAUCAUGACUCAGCUUAGACAAGAAGGCUGGAUCCACCACCUGGCCAGACAUGCUGUUGCUUGUUUCCUCACCAGGGGAGAUCUGUGGAUCAGCUGGGAAGAAGGGCAGAAGGUGUUUGAGGAGCUGUUAUUGGAUGGAGACUGGGCUCUGAAUGCUGGGAACUGGCAGUGGCUGUCAGCGAGCACCUUCUUCCACCAGUAUUUCAGGGUUUACUCUCCAGUGGCCUUCGGAAAGAAGACAGACAAAAAUGGCGACUACAUCAAAAAGUAUCUUCCCAUUCUGAAGAAGUUCCCUGCACAGUACAUUUAUGAGCCGUGGAAAGCUCCGCGCAGUGUCCAGCAGGCAGCAGGGUGUAUUUUGGGCGAAGACUACCCACGUCCCAUUGUACAGCAUGAAGUGAUUCAAAAGCAAAACAUUCAGAGGAUGAAGCAGGCUUAUGCUAAGCGAUCCUCAGCGAGCCCCGAGUCACCUACCAAGAAGCAAGGUGUAAAGCGCAAGGCUCCAUCUGUUAUUGACAUGUUCCAGAAGAAGCAAAGGAAAAAGGAGUAGUAUAUAACUUGGUGUCAACUCUUUGGGCAUUCAAUGGCUGUAUCACCAAAAAAAGCUUCUUCACAAGUCACAGAGAUCCAGGUUUUACUUUUAUUACAAGUUGAAAGCUUUAUCUGUGCAAGCAUUCUGCUGUAGCCGGCCUCGUCUAGUCCGGUCCUCUAGGGCUCCUGUCCUGCAUGAUUUAGAUACUUCCCUGCUCAAUACAUAUGAUUCAAAUGAUUCGAUUGUCAUCAGCGUGUGAGGUGUUUUAGAACAAGGAAGCAAAAAAAAAACAUUAUUAGGUACAAUU